AUGUCAAACAAUGGCAACAACAACUGGGAACGUUCUAUUUUCCACAUCUCUGAGUUUGAUGAUGAAGUCGUAGUUGUAGGAGGAACAAGUCCUCUCGUACUGCUGACACUGCUGAGUUCUGUCGGCAUUGUACUGUUUUUCAUCAUUUAUACACUAUACAAAAAACACAAAGCAUCCCAACAACAGCCUUCCGAGACAAGUGACAGCAACCCGAACUUGAACCCCUCCCGAGCGUCCAUCUUGAACAACAUUGCCCGUAAUAGUUUAUUCAACAACCACAACAACAACAACUACUCGAAUACCAUCACUCCCGAACAAUUACUUGCGUUGCGAAGAGAAAUUGGGCUUUUUGAUGCAGCUGCACUCGAAGAGUUGGCGGGAAAUGACACGGUUACAACCUCAACGACCGUAAAAAAUGGAACACGGAGUUCAACGAGGCGAAAAGUUUCGCAAAAGCCUUUGUCAUCCUUGCAUUUCAAUUACUCGACGACGGCCGAGUCGUUAAGCGAUCGGAAAUUGGAAAGUGAUGAUGAAAGUAUUGUUACAAGCCGUAGCAGUAGUGUUAGAGAGGAGGAUCAAGAGGCGCUUGUUACUCAGCGUUCUAAUAAUUGGGAUUCUGAAUCGAUGAGAACAUAUCGAGCUUCGAUGAGAGUUGCUAUGGAACAUCAAGCCAAUGCAGUUGGAGAAUUGGAAUCUCUAAUUGAAAAUAUGAUUAUGACAAAACAUAAUUAUGGAGAAUCGUUACAAGCUUUAUUGAUUAAUUUUGCUGUAAAAAUUUAUCAUCUUCUUAUUGCUUUGAGGAUUGACUACAACAAACUCAAAGACGACUAUUCAAAAAUGGUGACAGUAUUGAAAGAUGCUUUCACACAAUAUACACAUGAAAGCGCAAAAGCACUCAUGAAUAAUAACUCGCUCAUCGUAAAAUUAGAGAGUCAAUUAGAACAGAAAGAGUUGAAAACAGAAACAUUGAAUAAUCAACUCACAUUCAAAGAAAAAGAAAUCGAUAUUCUUAAAGAAUCACUCUCAACCAAACAAACGGAAAUUAACAAUUUACAACAACAACUUACUGAAGAACGAAACAAGGUCAUUGAUCGAAUUGAAAAAAGUAGUAUGGAGUCUUCCAAGUUUCAUGAGCAAAGUAAAGAGCUAAUAGAAUCUCAUCGAAAGCAAUUAUCAGAUUUGGAAAAUGUGUAUCAGUCCAAAAUUCAUACUCUUCAACAAUUGCAACAAAAAUUAAGUUUCGACAAUGAGCAUUUGCAGAAAUCAUUAAGCAAUACAGAAAAUCGACUGAAAGAUUUACAAGAGCAAUACAAUGUUCUCAAGAAGGAAAGGGACAAUUCAAGUACGUCUCUUCAAACUGCAACAGAAAAUAUUCGUAAUCUCGAGUUACAACUGAAGGAAACAAAACAAGAAAAGGACAAGGAAAUUUCAUUAAUAACUUCUAAAUUAGAAUCAGUUCAAGAACUUUUUUCACAGAAUCAAAAAGUAAUCAAAGAUUUGGAAGAGCUCAAAAAUAACCAAUCACAAUCGAAAUUAACCCAACAACAGGAGCAUGAACUCGAGCUAAACAGGUUGCAUCAACAGAUUACAGCUAAAGAAGAGGCUAUAACAAGUCAGAAUAUUCAAUGUCGGUCGUUGGAAGAGAAGCUAUUACAAUUGACAUCCGAUGAAAAGCAAAAGACUACACAAUUGGAGGAAGCGAACAAAAAAUUAAGCACAUUGCAACAAGAGUUAGAGAAUUACCACAAGUUUUCAAAGGAGCUUGCCUCAAAGUGUGAGGAAAAGGAUCUUACUAUUGCAAAGCUCAACAAUGAAAUCAAAUUUCAAAAUGACAAACUCCAAUAUGAAAUGGAGAAACGGAAGACAGAAAAUAUUGAGAAAGACGCCAAACUGCAUGAGUUACAAAACAGAUUGGUAACCUUGGAGACUGAGUUAAAAGAUGUUACUCACAAAUACGAAAAUUCUAGAAUGAAGUUGGAGCUCUCUGAAAAGAAAAACGAAGAGUUGACAUCGGAGGUCCUUCGAAUGACAGAGGAGUACAACACACAGAAAAAAUUAUUGCAAACAGAAAUAGAAAAAUUGAACGAGAAGCUUCAUCAAGGUUUGGAAAAGCAAAUUUCUAUAGAACGAGCACACUUGGACAAGGUUCAAGAAUUGAAAGACAAAAUUGUAAAUCUAGAAACUGAAAAUCGUACUCUUAACAAUCAAUUGCAAGAAGCGAAAAAAUCUCUUGAAAACCUGAGCUCACAAAAAGAACAAACAACCAAGACAUUAGAGGAGAGAAAAACCGAGCUUACCCAAAAUCAAUCAGAGAUUCAAGAAAAGACCAGACAAGUUGAAAAAUUGAAUAACAAGCUCUCUAAGAAAGAACAAUGGAUUAGCGCUCUAAAAUCUGAAAAAGAAAGAUUGGAACAGAAACUCAAAGAGCAAGAAUUACUCGUCACAGAGGCGGAGGCUAAGGUCGUCACAAAGCAGCAAGAAAUAGAAAAACUAGAGCAAAUAGUGACAAUUCUGCGCGACGAGAAAGACAAGCAGAAAAAUACGAUUGAGCAGCUCAAUAGGGAAAUGAGCACUCUGACCGAGAGCAAGACUGUAUUACAAAAAGAUUUAGAAAAUUUGAACACACUCAUUUGUGAACAGAAAGAAAUCAUUAUUAAGAAACAACAAUCAAUCACAGAUUUAGAAAAUAAGAAUUCUGAAUUGACACAACAAUCUGAAAUACUUGCUUCACAACUUGAACGUGAAAAAGUGCAACUUGCCUCGUCUAUUGAAAAACAUAAGUUAGAGACUGGAAAUCUCCAAGAUCAGUUGGAGAAGAAAGAGAAAGAGCUCGAGAAUUUGAAAGGAAAGCUCUCAGAAGCCACAACAAGAACAAACCUCCUCGAACAAGAUAAAAUUGAAAUGGAGAAAAAGCUAACAGAUGCCUCCAAUGAGUUGCAAAAUACGCAACAGACCUUAAAUCACGUUAACAACGAACAUGAAAAGUUAGACUCUAGUUACCAAAAUGCUCUUAACGAUAUCAAUAAUUUGAAGAGAGAAGUUCAAGAGCUGCAGUCAGAAUUGAACGAGAAAAUUCAAGCCAUUUCCAACUUGGAAAAGACAAAUAGCGAUUUAUCAAAGAAAAACGAAACUGAAACCUCAAGUUUGACAAAACAAAAACAAGAAUUCUUGACACAAGUUGAGAAACAAAAGACAGAAAUUGAAAUUCUGAAGAACAGUUUGCACAACAAAGAAUCAGAAUUUGACAGUGUUUUGGUGCUGAAAAACUCGCUUGAAAACUCGAAAAUCCAGUUGGAACAGCAAGUUGAAGCCUUGUCUCAAGACCUCCAUAAUGUGAGCGAAUCAUUGACUGCUUUGAGAAACGAAAACGAGAAAUUAACUCGUCAACAUCGUGAUACGUUAAAAGAGCUAGAGGACCACAAGAACAUUGCAACACAGCAAAUACAUGAGUUGUCCAAAGAGAAGGACUGCUUAACUCUUGAAAGGAAUGAGCUGAGGUACAAAUUACAUGAAAAAGAAGAGCUACUCAAAUAUCAAGAAUCACAGCAUAAACAGUUGCAAGAGCAAGUAAUGACAACAACCGUAGAGUUGACAUCCAAAACGAAAGAUCACGAACACAAUCAACAACAAAUUCGUCGUUUAGAGAAAGAGUUGGAUCAGCUUAAACACGAAAAGAAUGAAUUAUCCAGGACCAUCAACGAAAAAGAGAAAGCUUUUGAAAAACAAAACUCAGAGUUAUUGGUACUUCAAGAAAAACUUGCUAAUUCUAAGAAAGACCUUGAAAAUUUGAAAAAAGAAUGCGAAACCAAAGAUUCCAAGCUUUCUGAGGCUUUGGAGAGAGGUCGAAAAUUGGAGAUGAAUCUCUUAGAAGUACAAAACAAGUUCGACACAAUUUCAAAGCAAAUGGAAGCUGAGAAAAAUUCUCAUCUGGAAUUGUUGCAAAAGCAAAAAAUAGAUAUGGAAAAGCUUGAAAAAGAAAUUUCCAAAUUAACACAGCAUUACAAUGAGCAAAAAAUAGAUAUGGACAAUCAGGUACGAGACUUGACUCACAAGAAUCACACUUUGGAAAGUGAAAUUUCAGAAAAACAAAAUCAAUUGCACGAACAGGACAAAAAGAUUACAGAACUUCAACAAUCAUUGCAAGGAAUUGAAAAACAACUUUCAGAAAGAAUGUUGAAAUAUGAUAACUUGCAAAAAUUGUAUGAUGAGGAAAAGAACAAGUAUUCUCAACAUGUUACUACGAAUACUGCUCAGCUCCAAAGGAUUAUGGAACAGUUGGAAAAUGAAAAAAUCUCACAUCAUCAUGAGCUUCAACAGAGCAAGCAAGAGUUAAAUGAUUUGGAGCAAAAGUACCACAAGGAAAAUAACAUCUUCAAAGAACAAUUGGACACAUCAUCUCUAGCUUUAAAAUCAAAGCAACAAGAAUUGGAAGCACAAUAUCUCAAAAUGAAAAUACUUGAAGAAGAACUUGAAAAACGUAAAUCAGAAGUGGAAGAGUUGCAACAUCAAAACAAGAAGCAGCAGGAAGAUUAUUCCAAAUUGUCACAAGACACGGCAGCCAUGAAAGAGACUCACCAUGAAAAAAUGGUAGAUCAUGAGAAACGUAUGAACAUGAUCGAAAAUAGUCUGCAUCUUAAACAAACCCAAAUCACACAGCUUGAAAAACAGAUUCUUGCAAAGGAAGAAGAGAUAUCAGAGCUAAACAAGACAAUCACAUCCAAGAGUGAAAAUAUUUCCUCAAUGCGUGACUUGUUAACAGAUAUUGCUCGAAAAUUGAACGUUAAAACAGAUGCAAAAGAUGUAUCAUCCUUUAAUGCUCUGUUAGGUGAAGUUGAUAAGACUCUAGAAUCUCAAAAAGCAUUGUCACAGCAGUUGCAAGAUGCAAAACAGUCACUGCAAGCGAGCAAACAGGAUCUUGACAAGAGCAACAAAAAGAUCAAAAAGGCGAUGGACAAGCAGAGCACACUCCAACAACAAUAUGAUGACUUGAACGAGAAACACAAGAAACUUUUAGAGGAUCAAGCCACUUCCAAGCUAUCAUUGGAAGAGAGCAGUAAGCAAAUCAUCAACCUCAACAACCAGAUCGAUUUACUUAAUACCCAAAUUAAUAAUUUAGACAAUACUCUUUCCAAACUCAAUCAAGAGAAGACUGAUUUUAUACAACAAAAACAAAAGCAAGAUAGAGAAAAUGAUGAACUUAUCAAAGCAGAAAGAAAAAAAUAUAUCAAAGAGGUUGAAAAGUGCAACAGUCUAUCUCAAGAUCUUGACAACACCCAACAAGCACUCGAUAAGAUCUCAAAAGAACUUGCUGCCUUGCGUGACAAUAAUGACACAUUGACUCAAUCUUUACACAUUGCCGAGACAAAUGCUACAAGAAACAUUGAAGACCUUAAAAAACGCUUGAAAGAACGAGACGAUACAAUUCAACAUUUGGAAGAGGAAAAGCAAACUGCCAUUGCCAACUAUAUUUCACAACUUCAGGGAGUACAAGAAGGCAAAAAUUUAGCUGAAGUCAGACUUGAAAAGCUUGAAGAACAAAACCAUCAAAACCUCACAACGAUCGACAAUCUCAAAAAAGAGCGUGAUGAUCUGAAACAACAAGUUGACAAACUCAACGUGGAAAUCAACAAACCAUUCAUUUGUGAGAAAUGUGGAGAGUUAGAAAAGAAAUUGCAUGACCAUGAGGAAAAGUUAAAAAAAGUUACUCUCGAAAAGGAACAAGAACAAAGUGAGCACGCCAAAACAACCAUCUCUGCUAUUCAACAAUUCGAAGAACACCUCAACUCUGACAUUUCCCAAAAGUAUCAAUCAUACGAAACCAAGAUCAUUUCUCUGACCACUAAAUUGAAUACUCUAGAGAAAAAAUUAUCUCUUCUCAAGAAACCAAAAGAGCAAAAGAAGGAAGAAAUUAUACCACCCAGCACGCCAAAGAAUGAUGAGCAUGACGCUGCUAUAAAAUUCAUGGAAAUGAUGACAGAAGUUGGUUUCACAUAUGCAAAAGAAGAUUAUGAAAGAAUGAGAGGAAAAUCCAUAUUUUCACUUCUCAGAACCGGCAACAAGUUGUCAGGAGAAAAUUCUGAACAGUUUUAUUCUCAAGAAUUAGACUUUGCUGAGAAAGCUCUCUCCAAAUGGCUUAUGCAAUUGGUGAAGAAUGAUUUCCAAGCAGAUUUGUCAUUAUAUCAAAAUAUGUUGGAUGGCGUAAUUUUGUGUAAAUAUGCCAACACAUUAUUCCCAGAAAUUGAGCCAUGCAAAAAGUUGAAAGAAGAAAUCAAAAAUAACCAAGAUGCAAUUGGAAAUAUUGGACUUUAUACUAAAUUUUGCAAAGAUGUUGGUAUUCAAUCUGUGUUUGAAUAUGACUCCCUUGAAGAUGCAGCCCAGGAUGUAAAGAAGGUCAAAGAAAGAAGCUUGAUCAUCAGCAAUUUAGCAUUGCUGUUCGAGCUUUCUAUCAAGUGCUCAGAUCCAAAAAAGAGAAACAAGUAUUUGAAAGCUUUACAACAGCAACACAUGAAUCAAUAUGCUGAAUCACCAAUGUCUUCAAGAGGAGGUGCCUUUUCCGCACGAAGAACCAAUAGUUUUAAAUUAUCCAACCUUCCAAUUAUUGCCAUGACAAAUGUGGAACCAUCCAAUGACGGUUCCAUCACAGAUAGAAAAAAGAAUAUCGAAGGAAUCAAAUCUAGUCGUACCAAAGCAUUUGAACACGCCACAACUAGGACAAAAUUAUCAGGAGCUGAAGAAGAAAAAUACUUUAAAGAAACACUGUCACACAUGUUAGAAAUUCCAACUUCUGAUAUGAAAUUGUCGGAUUUAAUUGAGGAUGGAACCAUGCUAUGCUUAUUGAUCAACAAAUAUUAUGGAGAUAACAGUUGUAAAUUCAAGAAACAUCCAAACAGAUUUGAGAAGAGCGGAAAUAUUACACAUUUCAAUAAUGCUGUCCACAAAUUAAUUCCUGCCUCAGCCAAUACAACUUGCACGCAUGAAGAAAUUGAAAAGGGAUCCAUGAAGAAUGUCUUUUCAAUGCUGCGUUUCGUUAUUGACGAUUUAGAAAAACAAGGAAGAAUUUCACUUGCUCCUAAUGCUGAAUAUGACCAAUGGAUGCAAAAGGUUCAGCAAAUCGAUCAAAUUGAAGGAUGUACGAGUCCUCAUCCAACGAACUUUUCAUUGAGCCCUGGCACUGAGGAACGAGCGGCCAUGAACAAUUCAUUCAAAAUCUCGAAUUCUUUUAUGGAUAAGGCCAUUGUCAACAAGCCAUCCAAAAACACCCUUCAAAUUCCAAUUACAAAUGUAUUCUUUAGUGGUCUUGCUAAGAAAGUACAAAGUGAAGGUAAUUUGGAGAACAGUAGUAGUGGAGAAGCAAUUCCUCUCUCUGCACGAACUCCAAAGAGUUCCAGAUAUGAAAAAGACUUUGGAAAUGCAGUGGCUGAAAUGAUUUUCUCUCCAAAACGAGCACCACCUCGAAAAGGUUCAUUUGCAAGUGCCCUUCGCAAUUCACCACCACAACAACAAGAAACUGAAGCCAGUCCACGACGAAUUUCAAGUGUCACAACACCCAGCAGUCCAAGAAAUCCUCUUCUCUCCAAUGUUACGGAUCCAACGAGUCCAAAAGGUCGUGCUCGAUCAAACACAGGAAGUCCAAGAAGACUUUUUUCACCAAGUCCAAUUCAACCAGUCUUUGCAACGACACUUAAUUAUCCUAAUACUCCAGCUGCCACGUAUAGCUCUGGUGAUGAUGGUGAUUCUGAAGUUGAAGAUAGUUUGGAAUCUCUUAUUGAACUUUUGAAAUUGUGCCAAUCUGCUUCUGACAGCGCUGACAUUGUAUUUAGUGUUUACUUUGAUGAUGCACAAUCAUUCUUUGAAACUCGAGAACAAAAAGAAGAAUUUAUGGAUCAAUUUGAAGGUGGUAACUUUAAAUGUUUGGAUUUCUCAAAUUGUGCCAAAUAUAUGGAUCAGAAUGUAUUUACUGAAGUCUUACAAAAAUUGAGAAAUAAUAAGCAUUUGAAGAUUCUCAAUUUGAGUGGCAAUGGAAGUGUCGUUUCAAGCGAAUCCAUCAAAGAUUUGCUGACAGGGGCCAUUCUACUCGAAAAGAUUAUUCUCAAACAAUUCACAUCGGUUUGGACACUUGAACAACUUGACACGAUUCGAAAUAUUUGCAAACGAAAGGCCAUUAAACUCGAGCUGUAA